GGUUACCUACCUGCGUUUUCCCUCCCACCCACCCCUUUGCUUGCGUUCCCGGUUUGGUACAGUGCCACGUCAGCAGUACCCCGCCACCAUGACGGGCUCAGUUCUAGGCAUGCCAGGCCAACUGGCCAAUGAGUCCAUUGUCGAGUACCGACAGCGUUUCGAAGCUCAGCUCGCACUGAUCGAGGCUGAGGAACAGCGUCAGGCGGCAACCGAGGCUGUCCGCCUACAACCUGAAGCGGAGGCAACAGCUGAAAAGCAGCGGCUUCAAGCCGAAGCAGAAGCAUAUACCCAGGCACGCCGCAAGGAGGCCCAGCAUCUGCUACAACGGCAUGAAGCCACCAACAUCGAAAAAAUCAAGUUCUGGCAUUUUGAACCAUCUGAGCAGCAUGAUGGCGUGACACCGGAGAAGCAGCACAAGGAGUUUCUGGCCAAACUCGUGACCCGGUUGGUUUACACUUGUAACCACCUGCAGUCCAAGCUGGCGAAUCUCCGACUGGUGGUGCAGAACCACAAGGGUCUGCACGAGGAUGCUACACGGGCACUUGAUUCCCGUGUACAGAACUUGGAGCAAGGUGCACCAAGGCCAAAUGCUGGUGAGUCCAGCGGUGCACCCUCUACCCGCCAAUUGGAGGAACGAGUUGACCACGUAGUUGCAAUGCUCGGCGACAUCAGCACCUUCGCUGCACCAGCAACCAUCAGCAGGCAGCUGAACACCUUGAAGACCGAGGUUCAGCAACUGCACCAGCAGCCCAACAAGGAGGGCAACACCAGUGUGCAGCACUACAAGAUGCCGACAUUCCAAAUCGAAAAGUUCGAUGAUUAUACACAUCAAGAGCCGGUUGCUGAUCUGAAAGAUAAGAUCUCUUGGGAAGAGUUAACAAGGCUAUGGAAGAAGCGGUUCAUCGUGGACGACGCCCCGGUGCUCGCCAUCGACCGCCUCUUUGCUAUGACGCAAGGCAACACAUCGACACGCGACUGGCUCACGAAAUGGCAAAAGAUCGCGGCGACGCCCGAUCUCGAAUUGCCAUUUUCGCAUCUGCGCCGGGAGUUCUACAACCGGUCAUGUGCCGCCUUGAGCCUUGCACUUGGUGAUCACGAGCAAUACGCGACCUUCGCCGAAAUCAUCGACAAGGCAAGGGAGAUCAUCAAGACCAAUAGGGUGGCUGCACACGAGAAGUCGGCAUGGCAGCCAACCUAUGUGGAGAAAGGAAAAUUUGCUUCGCCGCCAUCUAUCGUCGGGGAUUCGACGACAUGGUCAAGACUUGAAGAGCUCGACCCGUUGACGUUUGCGGACGUCCAAUGGAUGCCCCUUCCCCCGUCCGGUCGAUUGCCGAAACCGCAUUGCAACGUGCUCAUGGCACAAUUGCGGGAUUACUUGCACACUGCAGUACCAACUCCGUUGAUGGACGUCGGAGUAGAGGUUGUCGACCUUCACGACUACAUUGCGAAGAUCGACCGUGAGUUCAAGACACAACGGUACGACGACAUCGACGCGCCAUUGUUGUACAUACGCAUUCAGAUCGGAGAGGCGACCUGCAGCGCUUUGAUCGAUUGCGGAGCUACUCGCAACUACAUGAGCCAAGACUUUAUGGUACGCGCUGGCCUUGGGCCACGCGUUCGGAGGAAGUCGCCGCCCACACAAGUCACGUUGGUCGACGGUCACACGCACAAGUCAAUCAACCGAUGCAAUGAUGCCGUCCCCGUGUACUUUGCCCCGCAUGCAAGCGAGGCCAUGUCCUUCGAUAUUUUUGACACCAAGUUCGACAUGAUCUUGGGCAUGUCAUGGCUGCGAAGUGAGGAUCACCCGGUGAACUUCUACCGCCGCACCGUUCACGUUCGUGAUCAGAACGAAGUACUAGUCCCAUGCACGGUGCCUCCUCCUCACCCUUCGAUCAGCUGCCACGUGGUGUCUGCUGCAUGCAUUCGAGCUUCCAUCAUCCGGGAUGACAUCGAGGAGAUGGGGUUGUGUUUUCUCCAGGCCCUCCCGCCCCAAGACAUUCCAUCGACGGACUCACCACCGGACCCACGCAUCACCGAGCUUCUGAACGCCUAUAGCAAUGUGUUCGAAACACCGCACGGAGUAGUACCGGAUCGGCCCAUCCGCCACGAGAUCAUCCUCGAGGACGGGGCCGUACCUCCACGUGGUUGCAUCUACCGCAUGAGCGAAGAAGAGUUAAGUAUGCUAAGGGCACCACUCGACGAUCAUCUCGAGAAAGGUUGGAUUCGGCCUAGCUCUUCGCCAUACGGUGCUCCCGUUCUCUUCGUCCGGAAGAAGAAUAACGAGUUGCGGUUGUGCAUCCAUUAUCGCAAGCUUAACGCGCAAACCGUCAAGAGCGCCGACCCUCUUCUGCGCAUCGACGACCUCCUCAAACGACUGGGUGGCGCCAAGUUUUUCUCCAAGCUUGACCUCAAAUAGGGAUAUCACCAACUCGAGAUCCGGCAGGAGGACCGCUACAAGACCGCGUUUAAGACGUGAUAUGGGCAUUUCGAA